GUUAAAGUGUAAACAACACGAAGAGGAAGAGCACAGACGGGCUAACAUGUGGGCAGCGUUUUAUUAUUGUUUUAAUAUAAUAUUAAUUUCUCACAAAUAGCAGAUGUAUGAGCAGCUGCUGUUGAUAAUUUAGCGUCAGCUGGUUGUUUACCUUCAGAAACGUCUGCUGAGCAGCUGGAAGUCAAACACGGAGCCUGAGUCUAACUGUUGCUGUUGUGCUGAUGAUGGAUGACUUGGAGAGAGAGCUAGGACGCUUCGAAGACUUGAAGCAUGAAGAUGAUUUCUCCGACGACAACUCGACAAGAGGAUCGAAAAGAACAAAACCUAGGCGCAUGGAUGCAGGUGAGUCGUACAAGACACCACGUGAAACUGGGUUUCACCAGAGUACCAGAAUCUGUCUGGAGCACAUCAGAGAAGCGCUGCUGCAUCACAGAUGGCAAGAGGCGGCAGAAUAUAUGGCAUGCUACCCACAAAAGUUAGAAGACACGGCCACUAGCCAAAGUGAGCAGUAUACGGAGCUCGUUUGGAGAUUGAGCACAGAGAUCCUUCAUCAGCACCCCAACUCAAAGCUGGACGACUACAACAGCAUCUAUGAACGGAUGAAACACUCAGGGAUCAGACACUACCUGAUGAUCUGUCUGGAACAUUCGUUUCACCUGCUGCUAAAUGGUCACAUUGAGAACGCAAAGAAUCAGCUGUCUGCCGCCGAAAGCUGGAGGUACGGAAAGGAGUCAGGCCACGUCAGGCAGCAGCAGAUCGUUAAACUGAUCCAGGCCUACCGGAGUUUACUGGAUUAUAUGAUCUGGUGUGACAAAAGGUUUACACACUUCGACACUGAUCCCAGCUCCAUUUCCAACGCGGACAUGCACAACUACUUCCGACAGGCCUCUGUGAAUCUAAAAGAGAUUUUGAGGAACCCAGGUGUGUGGGAUCCCUUCAUACUGAGUUACGUUGAGAUGCUGGAUUUCUAUGAGGAUUAUGAAGAGGCUUUAAACGUCCUGAAAAAUUACGCUUAUGACAACACAUUCCCACCAAACCCCAACGCACACGUCUAUCUGUAUCAGUACUUAAAGAGGCACGAAGCUCCGGAGAGGAAACUGAUCAAAGUGCUGAAGAUCCUCCAGGUACUGGUCCCGAGCCAUGAGUUGAUGUUGGAGUACAGCUCUCUCCUGCUUCAGUCAGAGAGAAAAAAGGACACCCAGAAAGCUUUGGAAGUCGUUCUGGAGAUGUUGGCCUUCGCCUGCUGGAAAAGCAACUUGGACGCGUGGAAGCGUUUGAAGGACAUUAUUGAAAAGUUACAGUUAGAAAAAAACUGGAAGGACGUCGUCUCUGAUAAAAUGGCUGAAAGAAAAAACUGGUGGCCUGCGCUGCACUUCACAAGCUUCCACUUCAGGACAGACUCCGAGGAGAACCCGGAGCUUGUGGAAGUGAAGGCAUCACUCACAAAAAUCCUUUGCCCAGAUCUGACCAUGAAGUACUCAGCCGGACAGGAGAGUGCCUGAGCGACGGGAAGUAACUGAAUAAGAGGUGGAGGCGUCACGAUGAAGAGCAAGAGUCUUCAUAAAAACACUUUUUACAUGAAGAACAUAAAACAUUGUUCUUUCGUGUUGGUUCAUUUUGCCUUGAGCUACAUUGUCCACCAUGUGGAGCUGUUGUUCUGCUGUUUUUGCAGCAGAGUAUCUUGAGGGAAUGGCUACCUGAUUUUUUUGAGUGUAGCUCUAAAUAUCAGCGCUCACGUUGUUGGUUUCAUGGCAAACAUUUUAAUGGAAGCAGAGUCUCAUUCUGCCCUCUCAGCUGACCUUUGACUGCUGAACGGAGGACGGGUUGUAAGGUCACAUACGACGAGAGCCCGAGGGAUUUUCUCCGUCAAAGCCUUCGUCACGUCAGAACAACCAACACAGACCGCUCAGCUGAAGUGGGACAGAGCACUGACAGGUGGUUGCUGCCAUUAUCUUUAAAAUAGUGACGUUCGCUGUAGUAUGAUUGCUUUUCUACUGAUUGUGAGAGAACAGGAUAGUUUUUGUAUAUAGAUAUGCUUUACAUGAGUCAUUGUCAAGCUUGAUUUUCACAGUUCUGACAUUCCAGUGUGCUUCUACCUUGUGUGUUUUGAUGCCAUGUAUUCAUUUUCUAUUAAAAAACAGAAUGUUCUGUCUUCUUCUUCAAACGCUCUCCUUUCAAACCGAACCAUGAAAUAAAGUCUCGCAUCCAGCAGCAUGCCAAUUUAA